UAAGGAUCUAUAGGAGGAGGGGGGUAAUUAGAGUGUGAUGUGGCCGGAUAACACCCUGUUUACAGUAAAGAGCAGACAAUUGAUAGGACAAGGGCGGUGUAAUGUCAACAAGCUGGAACACAGGGAGAGGCGGCCUGACAUUGCUUUCACACACGUCUCUCAGCUCUGUGCCUGGGAGGGGGCACUUAUAGGGCACUUGUGGCGCUGCCAGGGCUGGACGAGGAGAUGCAGAGGGUCACUGAGGAAGAGCUGCACAACUUCCUCCUGAAUACGUGGGAUGGCCGCCACCGUCGCAUCUCCCAAAUGGUGGAAGAGGUGCAGAGCGUUAUGCUGAAGCUGACAUCACAGAUCAGUCUCUGGGACUCCAGGUUUCAUAGUAUCUCCAACUCUGGGAUCCAUAGUGACAACCUGAAGGUUCUGGCUCCUUCUCAGCUUCUGGUCACCGUUCCUCUCUGUGGCCUGACUGGAUUUCGGCAGAAAAGCUCACGACGUUGGCGUUAUUACACUCCAAGUGGGGUUCGGCUCCUGACUCCUGUUAUAGAGCCAGAAAAACGGCACCAGUGGUUGGAAGUUGAGCAGUUCCAGAAAAGCUCCCCCCACUGGCAUGAGAGUGAUGUCAACUUCCAGGGAGACCUUGUACCCGCACGUGUGCUGAGUGUCUUCCAGGGACUUCUUCACCGAGCUAUCCCGUCUUGUAACCUCUCUGACAGGGUAACCAUGAUGGAGUCGGUCGGUUCAGCAACCAGAGUGAACGUGGAGACUUCUGUGAACAUGGUGGAAGUGGAGAUGGUACCAAUGGUGGAGAUUCCUGGAUGUUGGCCUAGGAAAGCUCGGUGGCCCCGGUUCUUUAAGAGGUGGCCCGCCAAGGACAGAGCGCGGUGUGUUAAGUCAUUCGGUUUUGACCUUAUUGCUCGAAAAAAUUACCACUGGGAGUUGUCUUUCCUGCGUGCGGAGCGUCUCUUGCUGGAGGGCAUAGAUGAGGACGGGGGCUGUCGCAUGAAAUGUUUACGGGUUCUACGACAGUUGAAAGAGGAUGUUUGGUGCCCAGGAACUCGUCCUGUAAUCACAUGUCAGCAUCUCCAGAUGGUUCUUCUCUGGGAGUGUGAACGGAACCCUUCCACAAAGUCAUGGUUGAAUUUUGCGUCCUGCUUUUUACGCCUUGUACGCAGGCUUCUGAAAUGUUCCAGGCAACGGUUCUUACGUCAUUACUUCAUCAAACGGGCAAAUCUACUAAAGUAUGCAGAUGCCACCCAGCUGGAGAUGCUGGCCGAUAAACUGGCCCGAUUCCUGGAGUGUCCAUCUCUAAAUAUCUCUGCAAACCAUGGCUGUUCCUCUGCUUGCUAAAACGGCUCCCGAGGAGCAAUGAACAUAUAACAUUGGCUGGUUCCAGUCAUUGAGUGAGCGGACUAUAUUCACCUGCUGACAUGGGACAGUCAGAUACCCAUCACUCAUCAACGCCUGAUCCGUCUCCACGUGAGAUCCUCCUAGGGGCACAUACAACACACUCAUUUAUUGUCUCUCAUAGAUGAACACCAAUACACAGCGACCACAGUGGGUGGUUUGGCACGUUGCUUUGAACUAUGAGAACGCUACUUCCUAGUGAUGAGAUACAUAUGGUGCCUCCCCACUGAAUGGCAGUGGAGGUAUCACCGGUCUGCCCAGCCCUGAUGGGUCCUGUGAGAUCCCCAGUGAAUGUGACAUAUGCCCCAGGGGUGGCGAGGUCCUGUUACCUGGGCCGGAGAUCUGUGUGACAGGGAAAACAGCGGUAUCAUUGCUCCUAAGACUGGGUGGGACAUUCACUGCCCUCUGACCCCCGCUAUGUGUAUGUGAAGGAUUUUAUAUUGUUAUAUUCACCCAAAGGCUUCAUCUUAUAAUAACCCAGUCUAGAAAUAAAAUACCAU